AUGCCUCCCCGCACUCGCACCCGCAAUCAGCAGCAGCAGGCUGCAGCCGCAGCGUCAGUCCCUGACCAAGUCCCCAACUCAAGUCAUGACCUUGGCGCCAUAGGCCCAGCAAGCACGCAUGCCGCUUCUUCGCACAGAAAUCGAGAGGAGCAGAAUGAGCGGCUGAGCGGCCAUCAAAUGCAGAGUCCUUCGCAAUCUUCGCAUGGACAAUUGGCGCAAGUCUUUGGCAGUCCACACGCUGAAGGUACACUAUCUUUCCCCGAUAUGCACAAUCAAUCCCUCAUGCUCCAAUCCAACCAGUCCCAACCACGCCAUCAGCAUCAAGCUCAUCAACACCUCCCACAGCAUCCCACCCACACGCACCAUCACCUGCAGCAGGAGCUCAGAGGCGACAACCAGUCGCAGCCUCAGGAUUACACCGACACCAACUAUGGCGGGGAGCUGAUGGGCCGCUCCGACUAUGGUGGUCAGCUUGCGGCCCACAGCCGGGCAGAUCAACAGCAACCCGGACAUGGGCACUCACAGCCGGUCGGAGUGCACAACGAUCAGCUUAUGGGAAUGCAGCCACAACACGCGCAGCCUCACAUUGGCCAUACUCGCUCGGCUACACAGAUGUUUCGUCCUCCGUCAAGAUCACUUGGACAAGCCAGCGAGGCUGCUAACAGGCACCUGGAAGAGUUGUCAGCUAUCAACACUGCGGUACGGCGGAGCGAUGGGGGACACAAUGCCAAUGCGCAAGCCAGCGAAGGCCUCCUCCGCCUCUCUGGCCUUUCAGCUGCCCGGUCCGCAGGUCAACAUGGAGCAUUCAUGAAUACAUACGGAUCCAGCACGCCCACGUCCAUGACGACUUCUGCCUCCUUCUCCGGCACACACACUCCAUCGCUUUCGCGCAGCUUGUCUCCGACUAGCAGCAUCAACAGCAGCUUCACCAAUGGUACCGGUCAAUCGUUGGCUUCCUCUGCUGCCGCUGCAAUGGCAAACAGUGCAGGUGUCAAGAUCAAGAAGAGGUUGAGCAACGUGGACCGCAAGCAGAUCUGCGAGUAUGCAAGGGAUCAUCCUCAUGAAAGACAGGAGGUGGUCGGCAAUCACUUUGGCGUAGAGAGAAGCACUGUGAGCAAGAUCAUGAAAGAGAAGGACAAGUGGCUUGCUAUCGAUGUGGAGCGCGAGGGUCAUGUCGUCAAACAUCGCAAUGCGCGGUUCCCUGAGAUCGAAAAGGAAGUCUGCGUAUGGCUCGCAAAGGAAGCAAAGCGACCUUCGGACAAGGAAAUUAUGAACAAGGCUGCCAAGAUCGCUGCCGCGCAUGGCGAGCUGACGUUCAAGGCUAGCGCUGGAUGGCUUGUCAAGUUUCGCGAACGUCUCGGUCGUCAAGGUUUGCGAUUUGGUCACGUGCCUGCACGCAAAUUGAUCAACUCGGCCCUGACCCUGACCUCUCCAGGCGCAACUGGCACAGGUCAGCCCUACCAUGCCAGUCCGCUUGGAAGCCCAAUUGGCGCAUCCUCCAUUGCCUUCCUCGACAAUUCGCACACUGCAGGCAUCAUUGGGCAGUCCGAUUCCGCGAGCGGCAUGCAUACAGCCCCCUGGUCGAACGAGCCGCAACCUUUUGGUAGCGCGGACGCCGCGACAUUCGCAGCAGAUGACACUGCAAACGCCCAAAUUUACACCCAGACGACUCCUCGAGCCUCUAAGCGUCGCGCAGAGACGAUGCUGCAUCAAUCGUUCCCAGCUCCGAUCUCUUCUUCUAUUCUGAAUGAAGCUCUUGGAAGAGACCAUGGCACCCCUCCGCAGCCGGAGCAUCAUGUGCUCGGAAAACGCCAAAGAGGCAAAAAGGCACGCACAACUCCCGAUGCUUCGGCAAUCAUGGCCAUCAAUCAGACGGACUAUUCACCUUCCAUGCCUUCUUCCAUGUCCAUGCCUCUUUUCGAUCAACGUCAAAGCGAUAGUGCCCUACACUUUGACAAGGCGCGCCGAGUAUUAGAGCUCGCGCUUGGAACGCAAGAUGGAAGCCACAUCCAAAUCCCGGCUGAGCUGCUGGAGCACUCGAGAGCUCUGCGGCAGAGAGACUUGCACGGCUCUUCCGGCUCCAACACUGAUCUGCGUGAUCAGCCGCACGAGGAGCCACGGAGCGAACCAGAUGCCGGCCGGAGGCACACGCGAUCUAUGCAGGCGGCGCAGAAAGGUCAUGCUGACGAUCUCUACGUCGAAGAACACGCGGGGCAAAAAGUCGAGGCUGAUUCCGGCCUGAGCACUCCGAAUCACCCACACGACGACUCGGGUAUGCAGAUCGACAGUCGUGCACCCUCAGGCAGCCCCAGCGAUGCAGCUGGGCAUACGUCGUCAAAAGGCAAAGGUAGGGAGCAAAGUCGGGCUGUAAUCGCCUCACUGGACCGUGCAUUGCCCGCCUUCGGCCUCCAGCUGGACUCUUUCCACAAGAGAUCUUCUUCCUCUUCGUCCUCGGGUGCAAGCUCGAAUGCGCGCGUUUCUGUCAACGAGGCUCAGACAUGCGUGGACACGAUCAUUCGCUUUUUGCAAGAGCACCCCAGCUUGUCUCAGAAGGCUGACGACUUCCUCUACUGGGGCACCCUGAAGGGCUACCUCAAUGCGAUGGUAGAGCAAGAAAGACACGAAACUGAUGACCUGGACGGCGUUCCCACUUCGUCGCAGGAGAAGCGAGCCAACAAUUAG